AUGGAAACGGACGGCUGCGAUCCGAACGAUCCUCUGAUGGGAAAUCUUAAUCCCUCCGCCUCUCCAACCUUUGGCUUCACGAGGGAAAAGAGCGGGUGGUACCACUGCACGUGUUUCCUUGUCUCCCUGCGAAGGAAGGCUGUCAUAUGCGUAGCGAAGCAUCAGCAGCGGCCUGUGGCGAGUCCUCCUGCGAGGACUCCAACGAGCUGCGAUCCUUCGCCUUUGCUGAUGGAGAGGGACUUUCUGGGACUAAACGGCGACGCCGCGGUGGCUCUGCAGGUGAAGGAGCGCAGCAGGGGAUUCCAGGAUUCAUCAGAUUCAAUAUCGAUCUUUACUGUAAAUCCAGCAGUUCAGUGGCCUUACGCAAACGAAACUGCUGCUCUGCUUCAAGUUCAAUCACCAAAUGCUGCAGAUGAAUGUAAGCUGAAAAGGACGACGUUCGACCACUUCUCCUUCCCUGGUCUUCACAUCAACCCAAAAUGCUUUCCUGUGGUAUCCUCUCAGACACUCUCUAAUCUCGGAAGACAAGGACUGAAGCAGCACCUCACCAGUUCUUCUGCUACCAUAGCUUCGGAUUGUCCUCUGGUCUCGCAUUACUCCACUCCACUUACCGGAAAUGGAGGAGCCACUGCAGCAGACGACCAUUCUGUGAGAUCCACAUUUUUAGGAGACCGCUCGUCAUGGAACACAUCGAAGUCCUUUUCAUCGCCCUCACAGCUAACCAUCUUCUACGGAGGUUCAGUGAUAGUGUACGACAAUGUCUCAUCGGAUAUGGCUCGUGAAAUCAUGUUGCUGGCCAGCAGCAGGAAUCAUGCAGCUGCAGCCUCAACUCCUGUGUCUUUGAGUCCUGCAACCACAACCUCGCCUAGAGCAAUACCUCUGUCUCGCAAGGCAUCUCUGGCACGGUUCGUGGACAAGCGCAAGCAAAGAAUGAUCAACUACAAGCCUUAUCCCUUCUGCGACAAGAGAAAAGAUGCCAACUCGAGUGCAGCAUUCACACGUGCAAGCCAUGAAGACAGUGACUCAGAUAGUGGACCGUCUUCCCACAGAUGCCAAUAACUAGAGCAUGAACGAUUCAGCUUUUCUCUUCUUCCCUCCGAUCCAAUCAUUGCGAUGUAUCUUCUUAAAAUGUGAGCUGCACUGUGGACAAUGGCAUCUAACAAAAAAAAUGAAAGAGCAUGCUAUCUCUUCCUUUAGCACAAGAAAAUGCUUGACAAAGAUUGGGCAA